UACAAGUUAGUUUAUCCCGUAUCAUGAAUUUCCAAAACAUCUUUGAUCUGACGUGAAAUAGCUUCUGAUGUAGGCUCGUCUCAGUGGUUUGUACAAGGAGACACUAGUUCCGCAAAAACUUAUGAGAGCUCAUCACGCCUCCUCUCAUUCGAUUCCGACAAUUCGGAAGAUUCAGAUACAUAUCAGCGAAUGGCUAGCACUCCAUCAUCCACCUCUUCAAGCUCUGUCCCCGUGCUCAUGGAUUCGAACUUCUCUCCAGAAUCUCAAAGACUUUGGGAAUUAGCUCAACAGCUCCGUCUCUACAAGCCUCCUCCUUCCACCGACGACGAGGACGAGAUCGAAGAAAACACAGGGAAGGUCGUUUCUCAGGUGGGUUUUUCGCAAUCUGCAACAUCUAUUACUCAGUCCGAAAGAUUCAGACCGAAGAGAGCAGCCGUCCUUGUUUGCCUAUUCGAAGAUGAUGUUGGAGAUCUCCGAGUCAUCCUCACUAGGCGCUCGAAGAGACUCUCCACUCACUCAGGUCAAGUUGCUUUGCCAGGAGGGAAAGCUGAGGCGGGUGAUGCAAAUGACACAGAUACAGCUUUGAGGGAAGCCAAGGAAGAGAUAGGGUUGGAUCCUUCCCUUGUUAAUGUUGUGACUGUUCUCGAGCCCUUCUUGACUAGGGAUUUUCUGAGAGUUAUUCCUGUGAUUGGUAUACUUUCCAAUAGGCAAUCAUUCAAGCCCACUCCUAAUGCUGGAGAGGUGGAACUGGUAUUUGAUGCACCUUUAGAAAUGUUCAUCAAGGAUGAGAACCGGACCGCAGAACAACGAGAAAGAAUGGGGCACAAGUAUCUGAUUCAUUUCUUUGAUUAUGAAACAGAGAACAAGAAAUUCAUAAUAUGGGGUUUGACUGCUAGGAUCUUGAUUCAUGCUGCAUCAGUUGUGUACCAGCGGCCACCUCCCUUUCUGGAGCAGAAUCCAAAUUUCAAAUUUAUUUGGUCUGUUACUCCAAAUGCCACCCUGCCCUGAAUCUGUAUUAGUAGUCACCAUAACCUGCAUUGGUUGGAUCCUGAUUUAUUCAAAGACAAAUGGUUGACAUAAACCUAUGGACUGUACUUUCCAUCUUAAAUCAAAUUGCAGGUGGGGAUAUUCCUACUAUCCGGACUUCUAGAAUGAAUUUGCACAUAUUUGGUGAUGUCAUGACAUCUUAAGAUCAA